AUUCAUAAUUCAAGGAAAAAUAAUCAUACAAAAACUGUGGAAAACUGGAUGUAACUGGGACGACGAAGUAAAUGAUGAAAUAUUCUCUAACUGGAAACGAUGGACCAAUUUGUUCUCUGGAUUGGGUAACAUUCAUAUUCCAAGAUCCUACUUCGGGGCGGCUGUCCCCGAGCUUUGCAAACCAAUCCAACUCCAUGUGCUUGUCGACGCCAGCGAAGAGGCAUACGCUUGUGUCGCCUAUUUUCGCUACACCGACGGAGGCGUAAUUCGGUGUUCCCUAGUGGGUGGGAAAUCUAAGGUCGCCCCUGUUAAAACGCUGUCCAUCCCAAGGCUCGAACUACAGUCAGCAGUGUUGGGAACACGACUAGCAGAUUUCAUACAAAAAAACCAUCAAAUACCAAUAACUGAACGGUUUUUCUGGACCGACUCAGCGACAGUGCUCCACUGGAUUCAUUCUGAUACACGCAAGUAUCAUUCAUACGUGGCGUGUAGGAUUGGAGAAAUUUUAACAUCAACAAACAUCAUGGAAUGGAAAUGGGUACCUUCUCGCAGCAACGUAGCAGACGAAGCCACCAAAUGGGGUCGGGGACCAUGCUUUGAAGCCGAGAGCAGAUGGUUGCGUGGACCAGAUUUCCUCUGGGGCAGCGAAGAUUCGUGGCCAGAACAAAAAUGGAAUCCAGCAAACGGGAAUGAAGAAUUGCGCUCAAGUCACUUUCAUGCAAAGAAAACCGACGAGAAACUAAUUGACGUUCACCGAUUCCACAAGUGGGAGAGAAUGCAACGAACAAUCGCUUAUGCAUUUCGAUUUGGCACCCCGCGAAGUCGCAGCGAAACAUCAAACGAACCGAAGUCUCUAGAACUUCUCGACCAAAAGUAUCUACGCCAAGCUGAAAUGGUAUUACUGCAGAUUAUCCAACGAGAAUCGUUUCCAGAGGAAAUGGUCGCAUUACGGAGAGUCCAAAAUAAAAAGCCUGCGGGGGUGGUGCCGAUCACCAGUCCGCUAUACAAAUUAUCAGCUUACAUCGAUGAAGAGGGAUUGGUCAGAAUGGACGGUCGUAUCGGCGCCGCCCCCAACUUGCCGAUCGAAGCUAAGUGUCCUAUAAUCCUAGCCAAAAACCAUCCUAUAACGUUCCUUCUUGUAGAUUACUAUCACCGCCGCUACUUGCAUCGAAAUGCCGAAACUGUUUUCAACGAGAUCCGCCAGCUUUUCUACAUAACGGGACUUCGGAAGCUGAUACGCACUGUAGGUUCCCGUUGUCAAUGGUGCAAGGUCUACGGCAGUUCCCCGAUGCAACCGAUGAUGGCUCCUUUACCGAAGGCUCGGCUCGUAGCGUUCCAGCGACCUUUCACCUACGUUGGUCUGGAUUAUUUUGGACCAAUCCUGGUUAGGGUUGGUCGAUCGCAUGUGAAGCGCUGGGUAGCGCUCUUCACAUGCUUUACAACCAGGGCUAUCCAUCUCGAAGUCGCCCACAGCCUCUCCACUGUCUCCUGUAAAUUCUGCAUACGCCGCUUUAUAGCUCGACGUGGUGCUCCAGCCGAAAUAUAUACCGAUAAUGGCACAAACUUUAGAGGAGCCGCUAAUGAGCUGCAACGUCAACUUAACAACAUCAACCAAAGAUGCGCGGAGACAUUUACUAACACCAACACCAAAUGGUACUUCAACCCACCAGCAGCACCUCACACAGGCGGAGUCUGGGAGCGCCUAGUGCGAUCCGUAAAAACUGCACUAGAAGCCUUUCAUGACAUUCCUAGAGUCCCUGAUGACGAGACGUUUGAAACAAUCAUCUUGGAAGCCGAGAGCAUGAUAAAUAGCCGGCCGUUGACGUACAUACCACUGAACGGUGCGACAGAUGAGGCCUUAACACCAAACCAUUUCCUUCUUGGUAGCUCAACCGGAGUCAAACAACCACCGAAGGAUUCCACCAGUGCCCUUGAGUGUCUACGGAGCAGCUGGAAUCUAGCACAACAUAUUUUAGACGGGUUCUGGAGAAGAUGGUUAAGGGAGUACCUUCCAACCAUCGCCAGACGCACCAAGUGGUUUAACAACACGAAACCCAUCGAGGUUGGUGAUCUUGUCUUCGUUGCUGACGGAAAACAACGAAACAGUUGGGUCCGAGGAAAGAUUAUCGAGGUCACUCUUGGAAAAGACAAGGUUGCCAGACAGGCGGUGGUUCAAACCAAUUCAGGAAAAAUGCGUCGAGCUGUGGGGAAUCUGGCCGUGAUCGACGUCGUGGACGAGUGUAAGGACGAGAUUGGUGGAGGAACAACAUCGUCUUACGGGGGGGAGAUUGUUGAGGCCAACUGUACAUCCGUCGACCCUCCGAUUCGAGCAACGGCUCAGCUAAAAACGGAACUGGCAACCAUGCAAAACCAAGCAGAAUUGGUGAGGGUGCACAACGAAGAGCUGUCAUCGAACGGAAAUAAUAAAAGUGAGGAAGAGCCAAACGUGGUCGAAUUAUUAGAGUAAAACCGUGGAAUUACAACCCGAUAUCUAUUGCAAUUGAAGAAUUCAGUUAAAACACUAAAAUCUUUUAAGCUGAUCAAAAUCAAGCUAAAAAGGGUGUUUAUAUUGCGUUCGAAACUCUGUCGCGAGGCUAAUCCGCAAC